AUGGCAUCUACUACAAAUGGCAAAAUUGCCGAUAUGGCGAAGGAGACUGUUGAUGUCCACGCCAAACAGCAUAUGACUACCGACUAUGGUAUCAAGAUCUCCGAUCCGGAUCACACGCUUCGUGUGGUUGAUGAGAAGCACACCGGUCCUUCAUUGUUGGAAGAUCAGAUUGCUCGUGAGAAGAUAAUGCGGUUCGACCAUGAGCGCAUUCCCGAGCGAGUCGUGCACGCCCGUGGUACAGGCGCAUUCGGUACCUUUAAGCUCUUUGAGAGUGCCGAGGAUGUAACCACAGCCGGUGUCUUGACAGACACGAGUCGAGAGACGCCUUUAUUCCUGCGAUUCUCGACGGUUCAAGGAAGCAAGGGCAGUGCGGAUACAGUUCGAGACGUGCGCGGGUUCGCCGUCAAGAUGUAUACCGACGAAGGCAACUGGGAUAUCGUGGGCAACAAUAUCCCUGUAUUCUUCAUCCAGGACGCGAUCAAGUUCGCCGAUGUUAUUCAUUCUGUCAAGCCGGAGCCUCACAAUGAGGUGCCGCAGGGUCAGUCUGCGCAUAACAACUUCUGGGAUUUCCAGUAUCUGCACCCAGAGACCACGCAUAUGGACCAAUGGAUCAUGUCGGAUCGUGCCAUCCCUCGAUCAUACCGUAUGAUGCAAGGAUUCGGAGUGAACACUUAUUCACUGGUGAAUAAGAAAGGCGAGCGCACAUUCGUCAAGUUCCACUUCACCCCUGAGCUCGGCGUGCACUCGCUGGUCUGGGAUGAAGCUCUGAAGAUCAACGGCCAGGAUCCCGAUUUCCACCGUAAGGAUCUGAUGGAAGCUAUUGAGAAUGGACACUUCCCGCGGUGGAAGUUCGGUCUCCAGCUCCUGCCGGAGGACAAGCUUGAUGACUUCGAAUUCGACCCUCUCGACGCCACCAAGGUCUGGCCCGAAGAGCAGAUUCCCAUCCGCUAUAUCGGCCAGCUAGAGCUCAACCGCAAUGUGGAUGAGUUCUUCACUCAGACCGAGCAGGUCGCUUUCUGUACCAGCCAUAUCGUCCCUGGUAUCGACUACUCCGACGAUCCUCUGUUGCAAGGUCGUAACUUCUCGUACUUCGACACGCAGCUUUCGCGUCUCGGCGCGAACUGGCAGGAACUGCCCAUUAACCGGCCCGUGUGCCCGUAUUUGAGUAUGACCAACCGCGAUGGCGCCAUGAGACACCGCGUCACCAAGGGUACAGUGAACUACUGGCCGAACCGAUUCGAAGCAAACCCUCCCGCUACACCGGCGGAAGGCGGAUUCGUCAGUCACCCGCAGAAGGUGCAAGGACAGAAGAAGCGCGGCUUUUCCGAGAAGUUCAAGGAGCACUUCAACCAGGCGCAAGUCUUCUACAACUCGCUAUCGCCCAUUGAAAAGAUGCACGUCGCGAGUGCCUUCUCCUUCGAGCUGGAUCACUGUGACGACCCAGUCGUGUACAAGCGCCUGACCGAGCGUCUCACCGCGAUCGAUCUCGAGCUAGCCCAGACAGUGGCUAAGAACGUCGGUGGUGACCAGCCCACACAAGCCACCAAAGAAAACAAGGGUACGAAGGCGAAGGGUCUCAGUCAGUUAGAAUAUAUGCCGGAGAAGCCCACCAUCGAAACCCGCCGCAUCUCAAUCCUUAUCGCCGACGGCUUCGACUUCAACCAGUAUACCACCAUGAAAGAAGCGCUCCAGAAACAAGGCGCAUUCGUUUUCACCAUCGGCGCCCAGCGCCAAGGGGUAACAUCCGAGUCCGGACAAACCGUCAUCCCAGACCACUUCUUCGUGGGCAUGCGAUCGACCCUCUUCGACGCCGUCUACGUCCCCGGCGGAAAGCACGUGCAGACCCUUGCGAAGAACGGCGUUGCGAAACACUGGAUUGCCGAAUCAUUCGCACACCUGAAGGCGAUUGCGGGAUCCAAUGAGGCUGUGGCGUUCAUCCAGCGCCAGAUCAACCUUCCCGAGGUGGAGGUUGCACAGAACGGCUCGUCGCUGAAGGAGUCGUACGGUGUAGUGACUGGGUAUGGAGAUGCGACGUCAUUGUUGAAGGUUGGCACGAUCGGACCUGAUUCCAAGGGGCUGGCGGAGCAGUUUAUCUGGAAUGUGUCGCGACACCGUAAUUGGGCGCGUGAGUUGGAUGGUCUUUCUGUUCAGAUUGCGGCUUAG